UCAAUAUUAUAAACAUGGCGGCCUGCUUGCGGAACAUGACAUUCAUCUCAAGUUCAUUAACUAAAUGGACAUCUAAGAAGCCAAAAUGUGGACAAAUACAACUGAAUUAUGUAUUACCAAAACGCUAUCUUUCUGGGCUAUUGUCGAACAGUACAAGAUGUGAUCAGCAUCAGAUGCAUAGACACAAACAAUGCUUAUAUAGACUGUUAGCAGCUAGGCAUGCAAGUACAGGCUCAGCCAACUUGCCACCAGGUUAUAUACCAGAUAUUCCUAUAGCACCAAUGGAUGAUAUGAAAACUGUGCUGCCAGAAUUAAAUGCACUGGGCGAGCCAACAUUACAAAGUAUAGGACUUGCUGGAAACAGCCCUUCUGGAUGUGUUCAACAGUUAUUGGAGUUAAUACAUGUUUCUCUUGAUAUGCCUUGGUGGGGAGCCAUUGCUCUUGGUGCUCUGGCAAUCAGAACCGUUCUCUUUCCUGUGAUGAUUUAUCAACGUAGAGCAACAAUCAACCUCAGAAAUCACAUGCCAACAAUAACAAGAUUACAACAGAAAAUAAAUGAUGCUAAGACUGUUGGAAAUCAGAUGGAGUUAACAAAAAGAUCGUCUGAACUAGCAGAGUUUAUGAAAAGGAAUGACAUUAAGUUCCGGAGAUUGCUUAUUAUGCCAACAGUCCAGGUACCUGUACUGUUAUCAGUUUACCAGGCAAUAAAGUCAAUGAGUAAUCUUCCAGUAGAGGUGCUGAAGACAGGUGGAAUCUCAUGGUUCACUGACCUUACUGUGGCUGAUCCAUACUACAUCCUGCCAGCAUCUACAGCCUUGUCUAUACUUCUCAUGCUGGAGCUUGGCGCAGAAUCCCAGAAGACCACAGAUAUGUCACAUGCAGUUAAAUGGAUGAUGCGGGGCAUGCCAGUAAUGGUGUUUUUAGUAACCUGUAAAUUUUCAGCAGGAAUAGCAUUUUAUUGGUCCAUGAAUAACUUAAUCAGUUUGAUAACAGUCCAGUUUCUCAAGCAACCAAAAGUAAAGAAAAUGUUCAAACUGCCAGAUGAAGUUAUACAUAAGAAAGAAGUUCGGGAAAAGAAAGGAUUUAUGAAAGGAUUUACAGAUAUGUACGAUACUUCUAAGCUAGCAGCAGAGUCCAAUCAAAGAAGACAUAUUGACGAUAUGGCAUUUAAAAAAGCCGGAGUUGGACCUGUUCCAAAAACCUACAGAUACGAUCCAACCAAACAGAAGAGUAAAGUGACUGCAUAGCUUUCAAAGGACAUCUGUGAUGAAUAUUUUAUGUUUUCUCCUUGGAAGUUUCUGUCAAAGAAACCGCUUUGUUAUCUACAACAGCACAAGAACUAAUAUUAAGCGUCUGCUUAAAUUUGUAUGAUAAAUCUAAUAAAAGUUGCUUGCUUAAAUUUAAAAAAAUUGAAAGUAGACUAUACAAGUAUUUGUUUAAAGUGUACAUCAAGAUUGUGUGACAACUGUAAUUUUCUAACUACUCCAACAGUUUUUGAAUCAAUGAAUGAACUCUUCACAUAUACCUAUACUUGUACUGGUAUUCUGGUGGAGAACAACCUAAGAAUUGAAAGUUCAAAGUUGAAUUUAUAGAGGUCAGCAUCUGAUUGGCUGAUUGGCACUGUCUGGAAAUUGACCAAUGGCAAGGCCGGAUUAAGGACUGGUCUUCAAGUUUGUAUUUAUGUCAUUCUAACGAGAGGUCUAAGAAACAAUUACAUGACUUUGGGACAGUUUGACCUGUUGCAUUGCAUAAAUGUAAGUGUGCAAAUGUUUGCAUUGAAAAAUGGUUGGCAAAGUUCAUAACUUUUGUAGCAGUAAGCCACAUCAAUUCUGUUAAUGAUUUUGUGAUGUAUUUUAGUACCAGACCAUACAGAUGAGCAUCAAUUAUGGUUUAACCCUUAGCCUGCUAAAUUUCUAAAAUGGGCGAUACCAUUUAUUAGUCAAAGGGAUGCUCACUGAAAAUUUACUGUCUGAAUAGCGAACAGUUCUGCACUGGUUGCAAAAGUAGAAUCACUUGCUGGCAGCAGAUAUAUCUCCAGAUUGUUUCAUAUUUCUCAAAACUGAGACAUUGUUUUCAUUUGUAUUUAUUAAGAAAAACAGAGUUGAAUUCCAUACUUACAAGCAGUGAUUUAAAAAGAAAGACAUGUAUUCUGUAAAAUGUGUAGAAAAUCUCAAAGCAUUAGUCAUGUGAUAAAUGUUAGAUAUUGAAUAGAUGGAGUUAAGCUGUACAAAUCUACAUUAGGGUCACCUCUAUUAAGCAGCCACUUGCCUAAAGCAACCAGAUGGCUUGCUUCUGAUAUUGACAUUUUCUUUUUUAUUUCUACCUGCUUUAAGCUCACCAAAAAGUUUCUCUCCCUUGGUUGACUACUUGAUAAAGGUUUGUCUGUUCUUUCCAUCAUACUUUUAUGUAAGCAGUGAUUAUUAGUAUCCAUAGUCCUUAGGUUUAAAAAGAUGAAAUUUGUUCAUUUGGAGGCAUAGCCCUUUAACUAUUACAUACUGAACAAAACAUUUUCUGAAUUUUAGAAGAGAUUUUUGUGUUCUUUUCUUUUGAAAUGAUAAAGGAAAAAGGAACAUAAUGGUCAUUUUAUAGUGUGUAUUUUAUCAUUCUUCUGAGAGAAUGCAUGUUAUUUACAAGUUAAAUGAAGGAUAACUGUUAAACUGAAAAUAAAAUGUGAUACAAAUA